AUGAAGCUCCUGGUUUUGGUAUUAGUGGCUGCUGUGUCCGCAAUUCCAGAAGGAUAUAAGUUACCUAGACCUUCUAAUCCAUUUUUUAUCCCUGGGGAUUGCAGUGAUGGACAGGUGCUGCACGUAGACGGAAGAUGCGUGACACCUCAAGUGGUCAAACGUGUAUUUGUGUAUGAUGUGCCAUUGAACGUAGCUGAUGUGAAAAAGCCACAGUAUAUUCCAGAACCUAAAGUUGAACGCAAUAUGAUUUUCGUGAGACUUCCUGAUGAUUCUGUAGGACCAGAGCCCAUAGUCGUACCUCCCCCGAGGCAGCAACACGUCAUAUACGUCCUGAACAAGCAACUGGAACAGGACCAGCGAGUGAUCGAGAUUCCAGCACCACCGCCAUCCGACCCCGAAGUGUUCUUCGUGAACUACGCAGAAGGAGAGAACCCGACUCUUCCCGGCGGAGGAGACCUUCAGACAGCGCUUGGUUCAGCUGUCCAGGGAACCGGGGAAAUCGUUAGUAACGGGGCUGUGAGUGGAAUCGCUGGUGGCACUGAAGAGACUGAAGGUGCCAGUGGUAACAUCGGAAGUGGAAUUGGAGUCGGUAUCGGAGGAGGCACUGAAGGCAAUAUCGGUGGGGACGUCGGAAGCAGUGUUGGAAGUGACAUCGGAGGUGACAGUAUCUUCGGAAUUAGCGAAACGGGUAACAUUUUCAAUGGAAAACCUCUAAUCGAGAGCGGAUACUCAUACACACUCUGGCACAAAGGUCUUUACCAGUAUCAAUUUCCUAAGAAGCCUACAAGAUGA